AUGCGAUGGGAACUUCUUUUGCUGCUCGUUUCUUCUUCUUUUGCGUGGUUUUACGGUCGAGAUGAACCUGACAGGUGGAGCGUUGGAGGAGUGGGUUAAUUCAGUAUUUUCCAUGUUUGAGAACGUUUUCAGGUGUGGCCCCUACCUCACAAAAUUGUUUAUGGGAAGAAAAACCGCACUCUCAGCUUUGACAAGAUUGGAGUAGAUUUGGCUGAGAAAAAAGAUUGCGAUGUUUUACUCGCGAUGGCUGAAAAUUACAGUAAAUUUUAAAGAGGGAUUUCAAAAUUGGUUUUGUUUCAGUGAACAAAUGGCUCUUUCCAUUUCCUGUCAUCGAUAAGUAUGAAUCCGAAGACUUCAUUAUCACUGUUGUUGUAAAAAGAGAUUGUCCCACCGGUCCUCCGGAUCAAGAAUCAAGCGAAGAAUGUAGGUUUUGAGCUACAUUGUUGAAAAUAAUGAAUAUAUAAAAGUUUGAAAUUUCUAGACUUGCUCCGCGUCUCCAUGAACGAUGCUAUCAUCAAUGCUGAAACCGUUUGGGGAGCUCUGAGAGCGAUGGAAACCUUCAGUCAGUUGAUCUUCUACGAUGAACGCUUGAAAAAGGUGACAAAUUUUCUUAUCUCAUACGGUAUACCAAAAUGGCUACACGAAUAACGACGAUCAAACCUUUUUUACACAUCAACUAACCUGAAACUUAAAGAAACUGUGAAUUUUCAAGGCUAGGCGCUAAGUUUCAAGUAAGCAUUGUGUAGAAUCGGAAAUGAAAAGCGAAUAUUUUUUUGUGAUCUAGUCUACCUUUGGUCUUCAAGGUCGAAGGUAUUUCAUUAAAAGCCUUCGAAGAGAUUCUGUCAAAGUUCUGGGAAAGACAAACCUUACUCAACUGUUUAGUACCAAGUGAGAACAGCAGAAAUAUACGACAAGCCACGUUUCCCCGUCCGAGGAGUCAUGGUCGACUCUAGUAGACAUUUUCUCUCUGUCGCAGUUUUGAAACGCCAGCUUGUGAGUUUUCUGCUGCAAACUGCUGGAAGUUGAGCCAAUUUCCAGGACAUCAUGGCUAUGAACAAGUUGAACGUGAUGCACUGGCAUCUGGUGGACAGUGAAGCUUUUCCCUACACUUCCUUGAAGUUCCCAGAGCUCCAUGGAGUUGUGAGUAGACAAAAAGAACUAUCACAGAAAGACAUUUUUAAGGGAGCAUAUUCUCCGAAACACGUUUAUUCGAGGAAAGACUUGGCAGAAGUCAUUAAUCAUGCAAGGUUGCGCGGUAUUCGAGUUAUCCCAGAAUUCGAUCUGCCAGGUGGGGUUGCUUUUGAACGUUGUUCAAGUUCAAGAAAAAGUUGUCAACUGCAGGACAUACUUCUUCUUGGAGAGGCCGGAAAGGGUUCCUAACCGAGUGUUAUGAUGAUAAUGGAAAACCAACGUAUCCAAACCUCAUUGACCCGAUCAACCAGAAAAACUUUGACUUUCUCGCUGUUUGUUCCAUUUUCAGUGAAAAUUCUGAAAGAUAUAUCCAGGAGUUCCUCGAAGAAGUAACAGAAACUUUCCCGGAUAAAUAUUUGCACUUGGGCGGCGAUGAAGUCGCGGAUUUCUUGUUGGAAUGCUGGUUCUACUUAUUUUUUUUCCUCUUUGAAAUAAUCCAACUUCAGGGUUCGAAACAAGAAGAUCCAGAAGUUCAUGCAAGAUAAAGGCUUCGGUAAUGCUACCAUUCUUCUUGAAAACUAUUUCUUCGAGAAGUGCGUUUUUAAAUUAUUCUGUUAUUUGAUAUGAUGCUUUAGGCUAUACAAAAAUCAUUGACGAACUGAGAUCAAAAAGAAAGCCGAUAUUUUGGCAAGAAGUAUUCGAUAAUAACAUUCCAGUGAGUAUUAAGAAAAAUAAAAAUAUGGUUGGUAUUGAUUUUUUAGCAUCCUGAAGCAACUAUUCAUGUUUGGAAAGGAAACACCCACGAAGAAAUUUUGGAUCAAGUUAGGAAUGUGACGAAGAAAAACUACCCUGUGAUUGUAUCGGCAUGCUGGUAUAAAUUUUUUCAUGUGCCGUUUCCUAAAAGAUCUUAGGUAUUUGAACUACAUAAAGUACGGCGCUGAUUGGCGUGAUGAAAUCGCAGGGACAGUUCCGUCAAAUUCGAGGUAACUGACAAGAAAAAACCUCUGAAAGAAGUUUUUAAGAUAUUAUUACUGUGAUCCAGCGAAUUUCACUGGCACUCCCGAGCAAAAGGCUCUGGUUCUGGGAGGAAUCGUCGCGCUGUGGGGAGAGUUCGUGGAUAACACUAAUAUUGAAGCCAGACUUUGGUGGGUUUUUAAGCAAAGAAUCUUAUCAGGUUUUGAAUUUCUUUUCUUUAAAAAAUUGAAAAAGAAAAGAUAAAAAACGCGAUUUUGGUCACAACUUUCUCGCAAAGAAUUCAAUCUUCAUGAACGUUUCUGAAUUUGCGUUUUUUUUGUGAGCUGAAACUCCAUCAGAGUGUUAAAAAUGACAGUUAUUACAGCUUCAGAAAGUUUUAGAAAGAUUGAAAUCCUUACAAGAAAGUUGUGACAAGAUGCGCGUUUUUUCGAAUCUUUUUUGACGGUACUGUACAUCAAAAUAAUUGCUCAAAAAUAAAAAAAAUGUUGCUUUUGAAUUAUUUUUAGGCAUUUAUUUCAACUCCUAGAGGAGAAUGAUUGAAAAAUACAAAUCUCAGAAAAAUCUUAACGAAAUUUAUAUCUACUCAUUUUUUUAUUCCUUGUUCUUUCUGUUCGUGUGAAUGGAGCAACAAAAACUUUUCAAAUUGUAACUUCAGUAACAAGAUAUUGAAACCAUGGGUUAGAAAGAAAUUGAACCGGAAAAACUUUCUAAUCCGGCGGAAAAAAACGCCCACCCUUUCGCUUUUGUGCAAGACUUGAAGAAUUCCAGAGCAUACUGAGCUUUCUUUUGAUAUCUUUUAUCAAGGCCUCGAGCAUCGGCGGUGGCGGAGCGGCUCUGGUCUCCCGCUGAGAAGACCGUCCGAGCAGAGGACGCUUGGCCGCGUCUCCACGAAUUCCGCUGUCGGCUGGUCGCACGAGGAUACCGCAUCCAGCCAACGAACAAUCCCGACUUCUGUCCUUUUGAAUUUGAAGAAGUACCUGUUUAG